AUGCUUCCGUACAUGAUGCUGGAACAGCAACAGGCGAAGAGCAAGAAGAAAAAGAAGUCCAAGGACGACGGCCGGUCAGACAGUUGGUCUGCCCCUGGUGGUUCUUCUUCGUCCGAAGAUACGGACGACGACGAUGAAGACCUUCGAGAGAGCUCGGGCAUGACGGCAGUGGCGAACCUCAACCGCAUGCACAAGCGCGUGAAGCGACACCUGGGCGGAAUUCGAGCAAGAAGUGGUGGAGGAGAUGGGUGUGAUCGAAGGCCAAUCUUAGACCUUGAGAGAUUGGUUGAAGCGCCGGCAGUGGGUCAAAAUUCAAAGGGAUCUACAGGUGCGCGGAGGAGAUUGGAGCAGCGCUUGGCUGUUGACCGGGAUCCCGGAUCCGUUGCUCGGAAGGAGUUCGGAGGGACCCAGGAGGAGCUGGCUGUGGUUUCCGGCUAUAUCAAUGCUUUGAGCAAGUUGCGCAAGAAGGUGAAGGAGUCCAGUCAAAGUCAUGCCCUCGACGGGGAAGUGGAGGAGGGUAGGCCGUGGGAGCCGCCAACUGCUGUUCAGGGCCGGGAUGUUGCCCGGCGAUUUGCUGACCGGUUGUUGGGCGAGGUCGAGGAACUUGCUUCCUUCGAGAUGAUCAAUGGCACUUCGUUCUUUGAGGGAAGCCAACAUGCGGUGCAGCAAGCGCUGCACCAUGUCUCUUGUACAGCUGCAGGGUAUGUAGGAGGCAUGGCUGAAGAUUCUCUGAGCUGCGCCCUCCCAGUGAGAGCUGAGCGCAUGGCUAUCCCAGAGCAUGCUGGCAUGGUUGACCCUCUUCUCCUGUUACGGGAAGGUCGACGGGAAGUGUUGGCGAAUAUGGUGGCGUUGCGGCGACCUGAGCAUUUGUGA